GUAUAUUAAUGAUUUUAAAGCAAUUCAUUUUUAAUUUCAGUGGUGUGGAAGCUAAGCAGCCCAAUUCUGCCAUCCGGAAGUGUGUCAGAGUCCAGCUGAUCAAGAAUGGCAAAAAAAUAACAGCUUUUGUUCCCAAUGAUGGUUGCCUGAACUUCAUUGAGGAAAAUGAUGAAGUUCUGGUGGCUGGUUUUGGUCGCAAGGGUCACGCUGUGGGCGAUAUCCCUGGAGUUCGCUUCAAGGUUGUCAAAGUAGCCAAUGUUUCUCUAUUAGCCUUAUACAAAGGCAAGAAAGAAAGGCCAAGAUCGUAAAUUCCUUUGUGGCAGCUAAUAACUAAUAAG